AAACUUGAACAAAAACGACUAGAGCACGAGCGCCAACGAAACGAACAACGUAAAAGAUUUGAAGCACAGAUGAAAAUUCUUGAGCUUCAACAACUUAAAGAAGAGCAAGAUUUGCUCGAAAAACAUCAUGCGGGAGGUUGCUCAUCUGUCCAAAGUGCUAGCGCACCAAAUACUCCACCUUCUUUGACAUCAAAUGACUCUCAUUCACGAUCCGAUACUAUGCCUAAAAUUCAGUCUUCAAUGGAUACAAGCAUGUCUCAUCCUAACCAAUUUAAUUCAGCCCAUUCCGAAUCGCCUCAUAAUAUUCAACAGCGAUCAAAUAUAUCAUCUCGUUCUGUUCCAAAUUCGCGUCGUAAUUCAAAUGAAACCCCAGAAAAACUAUCAUGGCCUGACAUAGGGAAAUUAAAUAUUGAUUCAAAAGACGAAAAUUCUGAGAACGUUGAAAAAGAUUUCAUACGAGCAUCUAUUGGAAAAAGUACUUCGAACUUGCAUAAAAAUUCGGUUCGAUUGUCUGAUGCUACAUCAGUUAACGCACCAAAUAAUGAUGCAUCACUUUUCCCUCAAUUUAAUGGAAAUUUUUUACUCGAUGAUGAUGGUGAAACUUCUGAGACAGGUUUGAAUGCAAAUCCGUCAUUAGCGUCAUCAUCAUACGUUCGUAGGUACCUUCAAAUGCACACCGAUGAUGACAAAUUUCCGAUAUUGGUUCGUCGCGAUAGUUAUCCUGGCAUGGUUA